CUGGCAAGCACUCUAAGAUCUGUCAGCUUCUAUUGUCAAAUUUUACUUGCAUCGCUAAAUUAGUUCUUGCAAAACCAACUGCUCAACUGCUCUCGCCAUGUGGGACUUUGAGAUAGACCCAGAUGGGGAUAUUACUUUAAUUCUUCGUAACCCAAACGCCAUCCUCACUGUAGAGCCAGCGGACGCUAUUGAACCUCCAGCGGCAGUUUCUGAACCGACGACGAAGAAAGACAAGAAGAAGACGAAGAAAUUAAAGAGGCAACCCAAUCUUGUCCCUAAUGAGGCACCGACACCUGAGGUGUUAUUUGAACCUCCGCUUGCUGUUGAACCAGAACCUACUUUACGAGUUCAGGCCGAAGAUGACAGCCCCGAAGCUGAGGAGCUGCUCGGUCCUGCCACCCCACCGAAAACUGUAACUGAAGAGUACAUCCCCACUCCUCAAAAGGAAGUACGGUUCCGAGUCUCCUCGAAACACCUGACUCUCGCGUCUUCAACUUUCAAGAUCAUGCUCAAUGGCCAGUGGGGCGAAGCGAGUAAGCUCGAAAUAACCGCAGAGGAUUGGAACACGGAGGCUAUGCUUAUCCUCAUGAGUGUCAUCCACGGGCAAAACCAGCAAGUCCCCAAAGUCAUCAGCCUGGAAAUCCUCACGAACAUUGCCAUUCUUGUUGACUACUACGAGUGUCGGGAGGCAAUCGACUUGGCUGCAGAGAUAUGGAUCAACAAGUUGACACAACCAAAAGAGCCUUCAAGAGACCUCGUUUUCUGGCUUUUUAUAUCAUGGGUUUUCCGUCGAGAGGAAGUCUUCAGAGCCAUGACCACAGUCGCUCUGCGGCAAAGCAAGGGGCCACUUCAGGCAUUGAAUUUACCUAUCCCGGAGAGGAUUAUCGGUGAGUACCGAAAAGCAUCUGACCAGCUGACCGAAAACUCACUAGCCUUCUCAGAGCUUAUCGAUCGUCUGCGAUGCGAGUUUAUUGGCGACAUCCUUGCUUCGCUCAAGGAACUCGGCUCAGACCUCUUGCAGGGCAAAGCCGGCUGUUCAUCAGCAUGUUCUUCAAUGAUGCUGGGAUCUCUGUUGAGGGAAAUGAACACAAGAGGGCUAGAAACACAGCCGGGAUCACAGUUAACGGGGGUUUCUUUCGUCUCCAGUAUGGAAGCCGCGCUGGAGAUCCGAUCCCCCUGCUGGGCUACUAAAGAGACCGCAUUUGGCACGUAUUUUCGAGAGGAUCCCUGCAAUCUUACGCAUAUGAUCAAGGGGAAAGUAGGAUUUGAGCAAGUAAAUGGAUUUGGGUUGACUGAAGCUGAUAAGGGUUGGCGCAAGCUAAAGAAGAAGCUUGUUAUUAGAGACGAUACGGAGAGGCAAUAAAGACAAGUUAACUACGGAGAGCAGCUGACACGGGUGCACAUUUACUACUAGUGCUGGUUCUGGGGGCUCUGCUCGUGGU